AUGCCGGUGGUCAAUAAAGAGUCUCUCAGCACGACUCUGGGUUCAAAUUCGCAAUCUCAAGGCAGCAAGAACAAGACUAUCACUACUGCCACUGCCCCUGCUGCGUCAACUGGGGCCAGCAGGCCUGUCACCAGAAAGAUUACAGACCCUAAUAUGUCAGAUGGUCGACUGCUGGUCAAUCGAAGAUGUAUCUAUGAGCGCAAACUUCCUGGCGAUGCAUAUGUCACCGCUCAUGCAGAACGCCUACAACAUGGCUACUUUAGCAGCAAGAACACUUCAGACCCCGAAAUCGCCCACGUGGACUUUCUCGCUGUCAAUAUUGUGAUGCAUCCUGGCGACUCUGGGAAGCAUCGCUUCAAAUCUGCGACGAUCAAAGCGAGCAUACAAAAUUCUCCCGUGGGCCCUAGUACUGAAAAUCCCUACCCAUAUCCUCAAGAGAAUCCCAAAUUUUUGAUGCAUGCACCUCAUCUGAUCUAUGGCGCCGUUUCUCCCGAAACCUUGCAGUGGACGUUUAGCUUGGCCGGAUCGCUGGGCAUUUCUGAAAGCCCAGUUGCGGCCUCAGUCACCCCGUCAGGCACAAGAAGUGCAUCGUACAAAAUUUACGAGAUGAUGAAGAUUCAAGGCUCAUGCCGGACUCUAAGAAGCCGUGAUGGCCCGGAAUUCAAUGUGGAGGAUGGUGAAGUCGUCUGGUCACUCAGCGAGAACGGUCUACAGAGAUCUGGUCUUCCCAGGGAAUUCACUUUCGUCAUGUUGAUACAGAAGCCGAGCGCCGACAGCAAAAUUACAUUCAAAAUUGACAUCGACCCAGUGAUCGACGUUUGGUAUGGGAGAUAUCCCGGUUGGUGGAUCAACAGACCCAUCUAUCAACCUCUACACAAACGGGGAGUUAAUUUCCGGACCGAGUUUGGGCAACGCUUUGCUCCUAUCGAUGACUCAGAGAAAAGAUUCAAUUUUGCUACACUUGCACAAUCACUAGAUGACUAUGUGAACAUGCCAGGUAGCACUUAUUCGUCGAAUGCAUCGCUCCGCUCGGCCGCAUCUUGUGCUAUGAAAGAUUAUGUGUCACCCGAUGGUGUUUAUAACGAUCCCACUGGCACGAAAAUCUCGAAUCCAGGAAAUGCCCCCCAGUCAUCACUUCCUUCCGGUGAUAAUAGCAACAAUAAUGAUUCUCAACCAGUGUAUAUUCCGGAGUACCCACAAUACCCAGGAUAUCCUCAGUAUCAGUAUCCUCCGUCUCAGCCAACAUAUUACCCUCCGUAUCCGAGCACAGGUCAGGUCUGGCCAACCGGUUCGCCAUUUCAACGCGGCUGGCCGCGAGGUGGACCUUACUAUGGAGGACCUCCUGGUAACGAUGGCAACAAUGCUGAGAGUACUAUCAACGUAAGGAUUUCUCUGGACAGCGCUAUCGCCUCGAACAUCGUGGCUGCCACUUUGGGGUCACCGAUUCGACGUCCUUCUCCUUUUUUGACAGCUCCAAACAAAUCAAAUAAUCUGGAUUCGUCACCGCUUUCUAAAGCACCGCCAUCUGAUGGAACUUCGGCCAUAAGAACAAAAUCACUGCGACGAACCAAAUCCCGUGAUCGGCUGGACAGACUUUCAUCAAGUCCGAGAUCCUUAGUCAACACGGAUCCCGCAAAGCAUGAUUCGUUCUAUCAGAGACAAUCAGAUCAUCUGAAUUACGGAAACACAACAACCGAUGAUACAUCGAACGGGUUGAUAGCCAGUCCACAGCUUGAUUCACCGACGAUGUACGAAAUCAACGACACUCCGCCCCCUAACAGCAUCCGGGAUCCCACUGUUGUCAACGGACAUGAUUUGGAUACUCCAUCUAGGUCUACGAACUAUACCGGACUGUCGAAUGGAAUAAAACAAUACACCCCUCUUACGAAUGGCGUUCAGAGUACUACACCUCCCUCGAGCGGCAUACAACGCAUGCGCAAUGGUAUGGGUACUGGUCAUCUUCGUCGAAGAUCGGCUUCUUACGCGCAAAAUGGAUAUCAAAAUCAAUACAAUCGCUACUCUUAUCCGAUGGUAUCAAAUGAAGAUGAUCCUGGGAUGUUUUAA